GGAGUGCCCUUAUCAGAUUGUUAGAUUGGAACGCGACCUGGCUUUUUUUUUUUUUGAAGUUUCACUUUAACAGGGAGCUGAAAGUCCAGAUUCUUAGAAAGCGAGGUUUCGAUGCAUGUCGACUCAAGGCUGAUCCAUUAAACAGCACAGGAGUGUUAUUGGAUUGACUGAGCCAUUAUCACUCUUCUAGCUUUAAAGUGCUUAGCUAAUUGGUAACUCAUCACCUCAUCGCUGUUCAUCAGAGAAGCUUUGGAACCAUGUGGAGUGGCCAGAACGACGGAGACCAGCAUGGUCAUGUGACCGCAAGAAUGGAGACCAGUUUGCCGAUGGGCACCCCCAGUAUCUCCAUCUCCCAGCAGCAGGCCCCAAAGAAGUUCGCUCCUGUGGUUGCUCCUAAACCCAAGUUCAACCCGUACAAAUCGCCGGAGGGAGGACUCGAGGGUGCAGGGGACUACCCUCCGCCGCCCCCGCCGAUGGUGGAUCCCAGUGGCCUGCCGUCCCCCACAUCAUUCCCCCCACCUCCAGUAUUGGACGACAGCUCCUUUGGCUUUCAGAUAAAAGGACCGGAGAAGACUCUGGAGGAGAGACGCUCCAGCCUGGACGCUGAGAUCGAUUCUCUGACCAGCAUCCUGGCCGAUCUGGAGAGCAGCUCCCCAUACAAACCCCGAACACCUCAGAAUGCUGCCAGUGCAUCUGCCACCAGCCCCAAUGCUCCAGUCACAGGCUAUAAGCGCAUGGUCAUUCCUAACCAGCCUCCACUGACCGCCACCAAGAAGUCCACCCCCAAACCUCAGCCGUCUCCUGUCACCUCUCCAAUCCCCUCCCCUGCUGCUCAUUCAGCUGCACGGCCUCAGCAGCAGCAGCCAGUCCCAGCCUCCUACACCACCGCCUCCACUCCCAGCCAGCCCACCUUCAAUGUCCAGGUGAGAGCGGCCCAGCCCGGCCCUCAGCAGCAGCCAGGUCGUGGCCCCGCCCAGGUGCAGUACAUGCCGGCCCAACCCAGGGGCCCAGAUUUCGCCUAUGGCCCUCCACAGCCCGGCUUUAACCCGGCUCCUGUUGGAGGCUAUCAUGAUCAGCACUAUGGUGGAGCUCCUGUCUACGGAGGCCAGAACACCUGGAGAGCCGAGCCGGGUCACCAUCUCGCUCCAGCACACAAUCAGCCAUACCAGCCACCUGCCCCGAAGAAAACCUACAUCACCGACCCUCCUGCCAGCCUGGCACCCUAUGGAGCUGGACCCGGAGGCCCACAUAAGGGUCCAGGUCAGUCCAUGGCUCGUCCAGAGGAGGAACUCGACAGGCUGACCAAAAAGAUGCUGUACGACAUGAACCAUCCCCCAUCUGAGGAAUACUUUGGUCGCUGUGCCAGCUGUGGGGAGAACGUGCUGGGUGAGGGAACAGGCUGCACCGCCAUGGAUCAGGUCUUCCAUGUGGACUGCUUCAUCUGCAUGACCUGCAGCUGCAAACUGAGGGGGAAGCCCUUCUAUGCUGUGGAGAAAAAAGCCUACUGUGAGCCCUGCUACAUCAACACCCUGGAGACCUGUAAUAUCUGCGCUAAGCCCAUCAUGGAGCGUAUCCUGCGUGCCACGGGGAAGCCCUACCACCCCCACUGCUUCACCUGUGUGGUGUGCCACCGCAGCCUGGAUGGCAUCCCCUUCACUGUGGACGCCUCCAACCACAUCCACUGCAUCGAGGACUUCCACAAGAAGUUUGCCCCUCGUUGCUCGGUGUGUCAGGAGCCCAUAAUGCCCGCCCCUGGCCAGGAGGAGACUGUGCGUAUUGUAGCCCUGGACAGGGACUUCCAUGUGCAGUGUUAUCGCUGUGAGGACUGUGGCUGUCUGCUGUCUGAGGGGGAUAAUCAGGGAUGCUACCCGUUGGAUGGUCACGUCCUCUGCAAGACCUGCAACACCAGCCGCAUCCAGGCCCUGACCGCCAAGGCCACCACCGACCUCUGAGUGCCUUACACACCUAAACCUACACUUACACACACCAUCACACACACACACACACACACACACAACUAUAGCUCCGCUUCAACAUAUAAUCCAAUAAUCCUCCCGUAAACAUAUAUACCACAAAAACCUGUGAUGUUGAUUAACAACACUCAUUAAAACACACACACACACACACAGAUAUAUACGGAAAUAUGCAAACACACUCACACCUAAGCAAACAUCCAUAAUUAUGAAAUUGCAUUACUUGCUUUUGGGCCAAGACUGUUAUUUUUUUUUUAUUUUUUUGCUUUGGGAAAUUACAUAUUAGCUUAAAAUCAGCCAAAACGCACACACACACAUAUUUAUAUUUUGAAAUAUAUAGCCUGUUUUCCACUGCAGGGCUAAAUGGUUGUUAGGGCCAUAGUGUUCUGUUCCACAUCAGUUAAAACCCGUUAUGGUUUCUUUUUCCAUUUGCUGUGUUGCUAAAUCAGGACCAGGAAGGGCAUGUAGCUUCAUUAAUAACUAUGAUUAAUUAUGUGACAGUUGCUGUCAUCAAAUGUGUCUUAUCUCACAUUCCUGCUAUGAUUCCAGAAAUGUAGCAUGCUAGCAAGCUGGUUACGGGCUUCAUCCAACAUUACUACUUUGGGAUUAGCACACAGGUGACCAGCCUUGUCCCACAUUGAUAUUACAUUUUUAGCAAGUCGGCUACAGGCCUCAUCCAGCCUUGCUACCAUGGCAUUAGCACGCCAGCUACUGACCACAUCCAGCAUCACACCAUAUCACGCCACUAGCAUGUAGGCAACCAGCCCCAGCCAAUAUUGCUACCACAGAGUUAGCAUGCUGGCUACAGUCCUCAUCCAGCACAGCUACUCUGGCAUUAGCACGCCAACUAUAGGCCUUGCCCAACAUCGUUACCACGGUAUUAGCAUGCCGGUGACCAGCCUGUCCAACAUCACUAUCAUGGUAGCUUUACAUUGGCUGUGGGCCUUAUCCAACAUCACCAGUGACUAGCAUUGCAAUAAAUGAAAAAUAUAUAUAUUUAGUCGCAAUUUAUCCACAGCUGCCUAAAAUUCAAGUUUUCCAUCCCAUAACUGUAAUUCUAUUUACUAGGUGCCUUGUCUCUUAUUGUGUAAAAAAACAAUCAUAAAAAAUGAUAGGCAUGCUUUUAUUAUUGAUAAUACUCGUACAUACCACUGUACGCAUGCUUCCAGCAUUAUAUAUACUCAAUGAUGGAGCCAUAAUGCAUAUAUCCAUAUGCACGCACACACACACACAAACACAAAUACAAACACAUACACACUCGUAUGAUUUUAUUAUAACAGAACAAAACAGAAGCUCUCUUGUUUCCUCCUAUGGCCUUGUAUUAUAUUACAUUAUGCAAAUGAGCUUGUCAGGACUAUUGGUCAGGUCAAAUUAAAGAAAUAUGCAAAUAUAAUAGAGAGUUUAGAUGCGUACAGGAUUUUCAUGUGCCUGGUAUUCUGAGUUACAAAAAAAUCUCCUGAGGGCGGUAAGGGAAGUAGUAAUUUUGGACACAAAUUUUUAACAGAAAACAGUUUUAUACAUAAUGAGCUUGCAUUUAAAUUCUUAGGCUAGAGAUAUAACUGGCUUUGCGUUUACCGUAUUCUGCGUACUAUAAGGCACACCAGAUUAUAAGGUGCACUAUCAAUAAACGUUUAUUUUCUGAUCUGUUUUCAUACACAAGACGCAUCAGAUUAUAAGGUGCAUUUUAUGCGCCACUAGUAAGGAACAGGGGUGUUACCAUGUUUUCCUUCUAAUUCAGCAACAAAAUGAAACACAGUAAACAUCAAGUGAACAAAACUAUAAUUAUUAUUCAAAGUCCAGUAAGCCAUUGAUGUUAAUAAGCCUGAAAACUGUUUAUUUGGGUGAGUAAAAUGCUUCCGUUUACUCAUAGUAAACUUAGAUUUCCAGUAUUUUUAGCGCUGUUAGCAGCACCUAGCUCUAGUAAAAGAGUGUUCCAGUAAGCCAGGUCACUAUUAGCUAGCAGUUCGUCCAACGUAGCUUGUUUUAACAUAGUAAACACGCAGACUACAGUCCAAUAUACUCACCUCUGAAUUCUGAAUGAAAGAGCUAGCGCUGGGGUUAGCAGCUAAUGCUAAUGCCGCUGCUCUCAGCCUCAGCACUGGAGAAACUAAACUAAAACUCCUGUAUAGCGCUAUACUUCAGCAGAUUGGCUUUACUGCUCCUUACAACCUGCCUGAUUUUGGGGAGAAUUAAAGGAUUUUAAGUGCGCCUUAUAGUGCAAAAAUACGGUACAUAAACAUAAAAGUGCUGCACUGCCCCCUAGCAGUUUUGUGUGUACUGCACUUUGCAUACAUGUUGCAUACUAGAUAGGCGAGGCAGGAAUCAUGCUCACGCAUCAAUUGCUUAUAUGUGCAAAUAUAUCUCUGGCCAUACAGGUAGACACACACUGCACAAAUAUAGGAAAAUACAUAAAUAUACACCGACUACAUUCCAGGAGAUGAAACAGGUCCCCAAGGAGCGGCGUUUACAUACUCCGAUGAUAUUGUAUGUAUAUCGGUAGGCCUGUAUACUAUGUGCAGUUCGUCGAGAGGUUUAUUAAUAUUGAAUAAUGUACGGAAAUGGACUGUGAAUGACGGACAGUAGCUCUCUUUCAGACUUUCUGAACCUGUAUAACCAAAGCCUGAGUGAUGCUGCAGUUCACCGCUGCUGCUGCUUCCUCCUGUACGUACCGUAUACUGCGUUUCUCACUCCGUACAGUUAUUAUCGUAUUUAUAUGUAUAUCGUGAUACAGUAAACAAGGCGUGCAGUACGACUCAGCGGUUCACAGUGCGGCGACGCUGCUGUGCGUCAAGCAGAUCAAGUUACGUACUUUUUUACGUUCCUCAGAGUGAGAAACACUGAAAUGUGCCAGCUUUGAUGUUAUUAUGGUGCGACAAUCAUACACACUAGCUGAAAUAUACUCAGAAUGAUAAGUCUUACGAGAUUAUGACCAGCGUAGAUUAAGGAUAUAGCUGAAUGUUUGCGAGUGCAGAUGUCGUCCCCCAGUUGUGAAAAGAUUUAGUGUUAAGAAAGUUUUUUAUAGUAUUAUUAUUAGCGAUUAGUGAUUAGAGAUUUAUUAGCUUUCAGCUUUGUACAACUCUGAAUUAGAAAAGGUUGGGACAGUAUGAAAAAUGUUAAUAUAAAAAAGCAUAAUGUGAACCAAGUGUAGUGCUUUGUAUAAUGUUUUGUCUGCUUAACUUUAUUUUAUAUAUGAAUCUAUGUCCAUUUCUGCAUUCCAGACCAAACACAGUUGUAAUGGGGUAUUUCAGGGCUAAUAAUGAGCCUUAUGUUCACCAUGCCCAGAAGCUCCUCCCACAUCUCUACAAUACAGAGUUACUAUAUUCACUAAUACCACUUACAACUUUGUGGAAUAGAUGUAUAUUAAUAAAUGGAAUGAAAUUGAGCAGAUAAAACAUGAAAUAUCUUCAUGUUUACACUGUCUGCAGUUAAAUAAAAGUCAAAGUCAGUGUACGGAACAUAUUAUUAUUUUUUAUAUUUUCCAUAGUGUCUCUUUUUCUGAUUUGGGAUGGUAACAGAUAAGGUAUAAUAACAACAUGCAAUUUUCAUUUUUUAAUGUUGCAUUGACACUUUAUGUAGAAUGAUAUGCAGACUUUUACCUUUUUAUAUUCUACAGGAAAAAAUUUAAUUAUGCUGAAGCAUUGGAGGGCGGGAUUUAAUUUUUAGAUGGAAAUUAGUGAUGACUAAUUUUGGGAAUAUAGCAGGGCCGUUUUUUUGAAUAUGUAAAGCUGUGUUCUUUUCCGGUGCUGUACCUGUUUGUACCUGUAUGUGAUUUGAUUUUAUUAAGGUCUUAAGUUUCAUUAUGAGUGGUAGAGGUGAAUUAUGAAUAAGAAAAAGAUGAUUUUUGCUGAAUUGUAAUACAGCUAUAAUAACUUGUUAUUCCUUUUUUCCUAUUUUCCUAUUUUUACUCUUUAUUAAUUAAUUUUAAAACAUUAUAUUAAAGCGGUUCUACAGACCUGCUGACACUAAGUCCGGUUCUAAAGGGCACGACUGGAACCCUAAAAAGAACCUUAUAAAGAACCCGAUCCUAAAGCCUGUUAUUAAAUCUUGGGAGUAAAAUGUUAUUUUAAUGUGUUAUUAAAUUGCUUAUGACAAUCAGGGUGCUCUGUUAUUCCUAGAAAGCACCUACUGUCAUCGCUGUCAUGUAAAAACCUUUUAUCUCCAUUUCUGUUCAAUUUAUUGACUGUUGUAAAAAGAAUAAAAUUAUAUAAAUUUGAGCCUAAAAUUAAAAUUGAGUUUUCUUUUGCAAAUUUGCUGUUUUGGGUAUACAAGUUUUUUGCAUGACAGCAAUGAUUUUUUAGUGUUAAAACAUGUUUAUUCUUUACUAGAAGUUUCUGUUAGGCCCGUCACAAUAUUUGCUUUAUUUUGGAUUAUAUACUGUCCCAGAAAUAAUUGUAAUAAUUUUUUCGAUGAAUAAUGCAGUUAAGAGGAAUACAAUUUUAUUUAAAUCAUAAUUAUCAUAAAAAGUUUGCAGUUUUCAUUUGUUUUAUUAACUCAAAAAAACAUAUAGAGACAGAGUUGUAUUGUAUUGUAUUGGUCAUUGUGUGCAUUGCACUCUUUUGCUACACCAUAGAUGGCGCUGUUGCUCCUGGACUUAAGCCCCGCCUAUACUACAAACAAACAAUACUCAGCAGAGUAACAUACUGAUGUUAAGGCCAUCCAUCAGCAGCCGGAGUCUGAGAGAGUACAGUUGGUCAUGCUCCCUCUAAAGCUGAAAAAAUGGAUAAAAGGUGUAUAUGCAACUAAACACAAUAGGUGAUAUGUAAUAUAUGUAGGUAUAUAUUGUACAAUAAACCAAUAAAGUGACUAUUGCGAUGGGUCUAUUUCCCUAUUUCCUGUAUCUUAAACAUUCUUCCACAUUUCUUUGGACUCGGACGUCCUGGUACUUCCACCAGUGUUUCUUUUAUUUUAGACAAUAACUUAAGGAAGCUUCAGCCGCUCCCAAUGAGUAAUAAAAGUCUGAUUAUACCACAUGACUGUAACCACGCCCCCAAAGAAAGUGUCCAAAGCUCCUGGAGGAGGGGUUUAAUGUUGUGCCUUCUCUAAACUAAGCAUUAUGCAAAAAAGACAAACUACACAAUAAGUGAAAUGAAAAGUUGUGAAUUGUGAAGCCAUUUCUCUGAAUGGUGCAUUAUGGGUAAAUGCUUGGUCUUUGCUUUGCUUACACGGGUAUUGUCUUAACUAUUCAUACGCAAAUACCCCCCCAACUCCAAUCCCACCUCCACUGUGUGUAUUAUUAUUUCCUCUACCUUUAUUAAUAAUAAACCUCUUUUGCAUAAGAA